AUGGCGUGCAACCUGGAGGUCUACAAGAAAGAGUCGCAGCACAGCUUCAAGGCCACCAUGCCGUCCAUGCUGCCGGUGCUGGCGCCUGGUGUACCUUUGCUCUCGGCAACCGUCAAAGGCCUGCCGAGCUCCAGCUUGGUGGUCACGGCGUUUCCUGGAGCCUCGCUGCGUGUGAAGCCGCUCGGCGUCAGAGUCAUCAGCAUGAAGGUGCCGCACAACCUCAGCGCCGACUGCUACUACGCCGCCAUCAUGCGGCCCUACGUGAUUGCCGCUGCGGUGCUGCCGUCCUCGUCCCUACCGCCGGUGGGCGGUGCGGCGUUGCCGUACUCAUCCGGCGUUGCUUUGCCCAUCCAAGCGGAAGCUUAUACACAAGUGGCAAAGCGUUCGCUGAUGUUCGGGUCGACCUUCAACAAUCGUUGCUUCUGGUCCUCAGAUUUAACGUCAGCAAACGUGGAGCCAUUUUCUAAGUCCGGUGAAGCUCAUUCAAUAUCUACAACUCAUGAAACCAAAUUCUCGAAGACACAUGCCGAUCAGACAGUAGAGAGGAGCGUCGACCAAGCGGAGUGA